UUCCUUCAAAAGCAGAUAUUUUCGAUUUAACUUUCUACAUUUCCCUCCUUGACCAGUCAUAAUUCUUCAACUUUCCUCGUUCCCUUUCUCAAAUACUUGUUUUGAGAAAGAAAAGAACGAUCUUUUCAUCUCCAGGCCCAAGUAACGGUCAAUUCCAUGAUGGCUGUCGCCGAUAACUCCCGCCAAUAUCUCAUCCCUAACUUUCUCUACUCUCCUUCUGUGCCUUCUAAGAGACUCUUUGAUUUGGACGUUCCUGUGAACACCAACCAUGGCCUGUAUCAUUCGACGUUCAUUUCUAAACCAUCGGCAUCCAACAGCAGCAGUGGCGCGUCAAGGAGCUUCAUGAUUCCAGCACCGACUGAGAAGAUCGAGAUGUUCUCGCCGGCUUACUAUGCAACGUGUACCGUCGGUGGGAUAUUAAGCUGUGGCCCCACUCACACGGCUGUCACUCCUCUCGAUCUCGUGAAGUGCAAUAUGCAGAUUGACCCAUCAAAGUACAAGAGCAUCAGAUCUGGAUUUGGGGUCUUGUUCAAGGAGCAGGGAGUAAGAGGUUUCUUCAAGGGAUGGGCGCCUACCCUGCUUGGUUACAGUGCACAGGGUGCAUGCAAAUAUGGAUUCUACGAAUUCUUUAAGAAGUACUAUUCUGACAUUGCUGGGCCUGAAUAUGCUGCCAAGUACAAGACCUUGAUUUAUCUUGCUGGUUCUGCAUCCGCUGAAGUCAUUGCUGAUGUUGUUCUGUGUCCCAUGGAGGCGGUGAAAGUUCGCGUGCAAACUCAGCCUGGUUUCGCACGGGGCUUGGCUGAUGGAUUGCCCAGGUUCAUCAGAUCUGAAGGCUAUGCUGGGUUAUACAAAGGGCUUGUUCCUCUCUGGGGACGUCAGAUUCCAUAUACAAUGAUGAAAUUUGCAACCUUUGAGAACAUAGUGGAGUUGCUGUACAAGCAUGCUAUUCCAACUCCAAAAGAGCAGUGCAGUAGAAGUUUGCAGAUUGGAGUCAGCUUUGUUGGUGGAUACAUUGCUGGGGUUUUCUGUGCUAUUGUGUCGCACCCUGCUGACAACUUGGUGUCUUUCCUCAAUAAUGCCAAGGGAGCAACCGCCAGUGAUGCGAUCAAGAAGCUAGGAUUGUGGGGUCUCCUUACCCGUGGCCUUCCUCUGCGUAUCGUCAUGAUUGGAACUCUCACCGGAGCCCAAUGGGGUAUCUACGAUGCUGUCAAAGUCUCCGCUGGGCUGCCAACUACUGGUGGCGUGACUCCUCCUGCCGCUGCUAAGGCUUGAAUUUAGAGCUGGUUGGCAAAGAAGAUAAUCUUUGUAAGAAUUUGUCAGGGGAUAUCUUCUCGACGGGUGAAUAGCAUGAGUUAGUGGCACUGUAUUCUUUCAUAACAGGAGGUUUUGUUUUUAAUUUGUUUGAUCCAUUUUGCUUGAUUCUUGAAAGUAGGUUUUGAUUUCGUACUUUCUUUUAUCUCAGGCUGAGUGUUCAGGUUAAAUUUGAUAAUUGAUUCAUAGUUUCCAUAUAAAAAGAAUAAGGAUGUAUUUCCAGGCUCUUCUGUGAUUUGAUUAAAUUUCAUAUUCCCGGUUCGGAAUGCUAGUUAAAAAUUUUUAUGUA